AUGCCUCCACUACUAAACCUCAAUUGCAUUUUGGAAAUAUUAUAUUUAGAUAAUAAUUCUUUAUUUUCAUGUUUAUUUCUAAAUUCUGUUUAUUCCAAAGAGGUAUAUGGAGGGACGUUUGGAUUCGUGCUGAGUCAAAUAAUGAUUUAUCAAAUAUCUCAUUACCUGAUUGUUUGCCUUCCCGACGAUUCGAAAGACUAUUUAUGUCAAGAAUAUAACGAGAAUAACAAGGACGAAAUAUUCAAGACAACGCAUCCAAGGUAUAAAUAUGCAUCGUAUUGCAAAGUCCUUAAUAUUCAUAUAAUCAAGCAUGCGAUCAAUAAUUUUGAAAAAGAAUUCGAUAAUGGAUACUUAUUAUCAGAAUUAUUAAAAAUGUUUAUGAAUGAUGUCAGAUCCUUGAAAUCAUUGGAGAGGUUCAAUUUACUAGAGCAAAUCUCUCAGAGUUGA